UUUACCACGUUCGAAAAUCUUUGAAAUCUCAGGCAAAGGGCGCUUCUCUCAAAUUCUUUUCCCAAUUCUCUCAAACGCGUCAACUCGACUCGUCCGAUCCCUUACUCAGUGACUCAGUCCCUUUUCAGCUAAAUUCCACGCCAUGCUUGCUCUUCUCUUACGCUCAUCCGAAACUCCGUCGCUCGAACUCUCCUAGGUUUUUCUGAUUUAGCUGCUGUUGCGAAUUUAUGCUCUUCACUUUGUCACCACCUCUGUUCUCUCUCUUCAAAGCUUCGAUUCUCAAGCUCUUAAAUUCCAAAGAGGUUUGGUCAAUUCGAUAUAUUUAGCGUGAAUGAAGCCUUGUCCUGUAAAUUGGAAGGUUUGGAUUCUGGAAAUGGUGUGGUAGUAGUUCUGGUGUGAUUAGGGCUUUCGUGUUUUCUGCAAAUCCGGGGUUUUUUUCCUCAACUCGAGCAAUUCAAGGUUGGAAUACAAUUGGAAAUCUGGGUUUUUGAAGUAAAAUUCGGAGGAAUUGGUUCUCUUUAUAAUCUAGGGUUUGUGGUCUAAAAUAUGUAAAUUGAUGGAUUUAGAGGUUUUUUGUUUGCUUUUGGCGUCCUGGACGGUGAAAAACAUGGUUUAGAAGCUAAAUUUCCGCUGGGCUUUGUUGUAUGUUGUGGAAGUUGGGUUUUUGAUUUUGGUUUGAAGUGUAAAUUUUGGGUUUUUGAAGUUGAAUUUUAAAAAAAUUGAUUGCAUGAAAUCUAGGACUUCAGUGGCGAAGUGAGGUGAAGAUAUUAUAGGAAAUGUUUUAUUCUCAGUUUAUAUUGGCCAAGAAAGGGCCACUAGGGACGAUAUGGAUAGCGGCGCAUUUGGAGCGGAAGCUACGGAAGAAUCAGGUUGCCGAUACAGAUAUUGGUGUCUCCGUAGAUUCAAUUCUUUUUCCCGACGUCCCAAUUGCGCUCCGGUUGUCCAGCCAUCUACUGCUUGGUGUGGUGAGAAUAUAUUCGAGAAAGGUUAAUUAUCUGUUCGAUGAUUGCAGUGAGGCUUUGCUUAAGAUAAAGCAAGCUUUUCGCUCCACUGCCGUUGAUUUACCACCUGAAGAGUCUACUGCACCAUACCAUUCUAUCACGUUGCCAGAGACUUUUGAUCUUGAUGAUUUUGAGUUGCCAGAUAAUGAAAAUUUUCAAGGUAAUUAUGUUGAUCAUCACGUGAGUACAAAGGAGCAGAUUACACUCCAAGAUACAAUGGAGGGUGUGAUUUACUCAACAUCACAGUUUGGAUUAGAUGAGAGGUUUGGUGAUGGUGACACUUCCCAGAUUGGGUUAGACCUUGAUGAGGAGCUGCUCUUAAGCAAGGUUGUAGCUCCAAGGCAUGAUGGAGGUUCAGAUGCUGAUCAGCAGGUGUCCAUCCAAUCAGUGACACUUAUGUCAAAGGAUGGGAGUUAUGAGGGGAUAACUGAAGCUUCAGAAGCCAUGCCCGUGAAUGGAAGUGGAAAUCAGGUUGUAGGUCUAGCCACUGAUACCGAAAUGCUUGAGUAUGCUCAGGCUCCAUCCACUCCUGGAUUAUUGGAAGAGCCAGACUUGUCCAAUGUUCAGGAGGCUUUGGCCUGUGAUGAUCAUAUGGAGUCAGAAGAUCGCAAUUUAAUGGGAUUAGUUGCAGGGGAGAGCACAGUAAAUGCUGGCCAGAGGUUUGAUCAUCAUCCUGGGGAUAAUAAUACAGCGAAUUUGUCUUCAUGGAAUGAAUUUAAUCCUAAUACUGUUGAGGAGAAUGGAAGCAUUCAGGGUGACCUGGAGAUUAAACAGGUUAAGCCACAGGGAUUUGUGCCACCCACCCUAUCGAUUAUGGAGUGCACGGCGGAUGAUAAUUGCCUAUCAAAUUCUUUACCAUCUUCAAAUCCUGCUGAUCAAACUAAACCCAUUUGUCCGGUAUCAGAAUGUUCAGAUGGGACCAUUGGUAUGUUGAAUGGUCUGGACAGGGCUGAAGAUAUCCACAAUGGAGUUGUUAUAGACAACGAACCUAGUACACCCUUUGUCCAUCAAACAGAUAUGAAAUCUGCCUGCGCUAGGGUGGAUGAAACCGUUGCAUCUCCUGGUUGCUCUCAUGUCACCUGUGAUUUUGAGGAUCCUGUUCGUAGAACUUUUUCAAGUAGCACCGGUGCACUAGAGUCAAAGGGCUAUCUAGAGGAUGACCAAGCAUCCUCAAGACCUGAAAUUCUCAAUGAUGUUGAAAUUGAUAAUGACUUGGGAGUGUUAUGCUCCCAUAACAAAGCAUCGGUUUCAAAUGCUGUCUGUACAUUGGAAUCACCGGAGCAUCCCGAGGUUGUAAAUGUUGAAGCUCGUGCUUGUCAAGAACCAAACGAGAAUGAGACUUUAAACCCUGUUGCUCACAAAUUUACACUGUCAAAUCAAUCCCAUGUGCUUCAGGCAUGCAAUUCCCAUCUAAGCGAACCUAACAUGCCAUCUCUUGGAGGUGAAGAGUGCCUUCCAAAUGAUGUUACUGAUGUGUGCUUAAAACAAAAUCAAAUUUCAGAGCCUACUCUAUGUGGAGAAAUUCAGGCAGGUUCCAGGAUGUUAGAUGAGCAACUGGACAAUGCGGGCUCUGAUGAGAGUCGGUUGAAUAAUUUAAAUAGUUCUGGGACUUCUAACUUUCCUGCACCUGAAAAGAUGCUCUCUCUACCAGAGGGGCUCACUGGUAAACCAAACGAUUUUCUAGUAGAGUCUACACCAGCCAAAGAAGCACUUCCUGGCAGUGGUGGAGCUGGUGCUGGGAUCAAACAAAUCUCAGGAAAAAAGCGCAGUUUCACAGAAAGUACUCUAACGGUGCAGAGUUUAAAUUCGGUUGAAUCUUUUGGUAUGACACGAUCCAAGAGAACUGCAGAGUCGAUUCCUGAUGAUGAUGAUUUGUUGUCUUCCAUUUUAGUAGGAAGAAGAUCUUCGGUUUUGAAAAUGAAGCCUACUCCACCUGUACCUGAAACAGUAUCCACAAAAUGUCCCAGGUCUGCACCCCGGUCUAGUGUCUUGAAGAGGAAAGUGCUUAUGGAUGAUACGAUGGUGUUGCAUGGCGAUACUAUUCGUCAACAGUUGACAAGUACUGAAGACAUACGUCGUGUUAGAAAGAAAGCUCCUUGCACUCCCCCUGAGAUCUCGACUAUUCUUAGACAAUUCUUGGAAGAUGAAAUAUUUAGUGAGCCCAUUUUUACUGGUAUGUCUGCCGGAUUGAUAUUUUUGCAUAGUGAGACAUUUGAUCUGAGCAGAACCAAGGUUUCUGAAAAUGAUCAAGGUAAUGCUUCUUCAGAAGUAGCAAAGGAUAUGGAGUCUUCUGUUGGGCCAAAGGUUGCUGAAGAAAGUGAAAUGAAUGAGAGUACUGUAGCUGUGGGAGUCAGAAGUGAUUUAGAAGCACAACCUGCUGACACUUCCAUUCACACUGUGACACAUCAGGUCAAAGUUUAUGACUUUGGAUCUCGUGAUAUUGAUUCUCAAGGUCAGAUAAAGGCAGUUUCUGAUGUACAGGAGCUUAAAAGUUCUCGAGAUGAACCCUUGGGGGAGAUACCUGAAAUAGAAAUUGAGAGAGGGAGUGUCGAAGUUGCUGAACCUGUAAAUUGCUCAACUGAUCCUGUUUCUGUAGAUAUUUGCAACGUGACAGCUGACUUGGCAGUGCAGCCAGCUCUUGUUGAUAAAACCAAUGAUCCAUCUGCUUUUCUGCCAAAGGAUGUAUUAUGCAUGUCACCUGAUAAGAAAUUGGAUUCUCAAACUGUCGAGGGGGAUGCUUCUAUGGAGGAUAUAAGCAAUGGGAAAGCAGUUAAUUCCCUUGAAAUUAUACAAGGUGAUGUUGGAAUAGGAGCAGAUGUUCAGUCACAUUGUCUUAAACCUGCAGAUGGUGAUAAAGCUUCACUUGCAAGUGAAUUUAAUAUCCUAGGUUUUGAAAAUGGUACCCAAACUUUGGAGGAAACAGAACAUAAUAAGAAUGAGGAUGUAGUCCUGCCUGCCGAGUUUGGUUGUGAGGAGAAAGACCCUCUUACUUGCAGUGGAGAAAUUAAAAUAGACUCUAUGGAUUCUGUAGAGCUUCAAUUGGAUGUGAGUAAUGCUUCUUUGAAUGAUAAAGAAAAUCUAAACUGUCCGGAGUCUGAUCCACAGAGUAUCAUGGAUGGAGAAAUUCCCGCCCUUGACCAUCCUGGUGUUGAAGAUCAUAGGGGUUUUGAAGAUGCCACAGUUGAGAAUGACACAGAAUUCCUGAAUGUAGAUGAUAAUGAGGUAGCUGAAGAAUACGAUGAAAGUAUGCCAUGUACUGAAGAAACUCGUCUUUUUGAGAACAGUGGAUGGUCUUCUCGCACCCGGGCUGUUGCCAAGUAUCUACAGACAUCAUUUGAUAAGCAAGCUUUACAGGGAAGAAAGGCCCUCACCAUGGACAAUCUAUUAGCUGGUAAAACUCGUAAGGAAGCAUCGAGGAUGUUUUUUGAGACGUUGGUUCUUAAGACAAGGGAUUACAUACACGUAGAGCAGGCAAAGCCCUUUGACAACAUAAAUAUAAAACCUCGAGUAAAGCUCAUGAAGUCGGAUUUCUGAUAUCUUACAUAGGAAAGGCAGAUACAGUUGAAAAGAACCAUGUAGUUUUAGUGUUAUGAUGCUCGGCAGGGAUGGGGGAUUUUUUUCCUUGGUUAUAUAUUUUUUCUUAUCUAAUUAUGUAUUUUUAUCUAUAAUUUGUAGGUUAGGAAUUGCCUUUUGUUAGUCCAUGUAACUUGUAGUUUUAACAUCGGGUCGUCGACGAUGUUGAUUCUAGCAAUAGCGUUGUAGUGUGAAUCAUAUUUAUAUGUAUAUAUCUGUAAAAUAUCACCAUUUGCAUUGAA